AUGAGCCAUACUCCUGGAGGCGGCCACCCGCAAGGUUGGGAGCACAAGCUUGCAGACCGGUCGUCGCUGCCGCCAGCACCGGGGGAGGAGAAAACUAAAUCUCAGUCCAAACAUGUGUUCACACAGCCCCAUAUCCCUAAAACGAGCGCUAUGUGGUGGCGCGAAGAGACGGAAGGUUCGUCGGGCAGCAGCGCACGCUCACCCGCCUCACCUCCCUAUGUACGUUGGGCUAGAGCCCUGCAUUUCCUGCUCGAGGAUGCAGAGGGCGUGCGUCUGUUCCGUAAGUUCGUGUGCGGAGCCGGCGGAUUGCACGUCGAUCGGCUUAAUUUCUACUUCGCCGUACACGGCUUGCGACAGGAGACCGAACCAUCCAAGAUCCGGCAAGUCGUGUCGGCUAUAUACAAAUUCCUGCGGAAGUCUCAGCUAACGAUGCCGGAAGCGCUGAAGUCGCAGGUGAAGCAGGCGCUCAAAGAUGGCGCAUCCAUCGAGAAGACUAUCUUCGAUGAAAUGGAGCAAGAGGUGACGCGCGCCAUAACUGAAACGACGUACCAAUCGUUCCUCCGUUCGGAGGCUUACGUCUCGUACGUGAGUGCGGCCACGCAGCCUCUUUCUUCGCCUGAUGCUUCGCCACCUCAACAUAGAGAUAUGUCAGUAUGCGGCCUGGCAACAUUGCACGAAGGGCAGGAGUUGUCAGGGGCGAGUGCGAACACGAGCUCGAGUACGAGCGCACGUCUCACUCACGACGCACUGCUCGCGACUCAGUCGCGGAGACUCCACUCGGACGUCGCACCUCACCGUCACAAGCGGUCAGUGUACAGCGCUCACGUGUCGUAUGCGGGUUAUACGCCGACGUCGCGUCAGGACUCAGAACGGGGCAGCCUUAGCAGCGGACGUACCGAUAGUGAUGCUGUCUCGCUUUCCGGCAGUAGCGUGGAUGGUAUGUCAGUGCGCGGCCCCAGAGAUAGCCGGGAGUCGCGGCAUCGGCAGCGCUUGUACGGAAUGGACAGACAGGCCGUCAUCAAUAAGGAGCAGGAUACUGCAAUGAUGAUCCCCCGUACCCAACGAGUCCAGUCUGAACAAUUACGAGUUCUCCCGCCGGCUGAAUUUGCUCCGCUUCUGAUUGAGAAAUUAGAAAGAGUGAGAAGAGAUCGAGAAAACAAGGAGAGACUGGAACGGAGAUUAGCUGAGGGUGAGGGUGAAGAGACCUCAUCUCAAGUGCUUCCACCACAGUUAGUUGCUGCUGCCAUUCGGGAGAAGCUUCAGCCAGAUGAUGACAACGAUCAGGAUAUUCUUGAUCAGCACGUAUCCCGAGUAUGGUCCGAGCGCACUCCGGGUGGAUCUCCUCCUGGUGGAAGACGAGCGAGGAGACAUAAUCGACGAGCUCCUUCCUGUCUCUCUGCUGACUCGGGCCAUUAUGAUGAACCGCCGCAUCUUGCUACACGCAGAUCAUUCUCGAAGAAAACGGUGACAGAGCUGACAGACAGUGGCGUGUCGGUGGUAAGCGAGGGUGGCGUGAGUGGGCUAAGUGCUGCCAGUGAGCCCCGGAUCCUUCUCUGGAUCGCUGAAGGGGAAAGGGGAGAAAGGAGGGCAACUUCGGCUGAUAGACAUCGCCGGCAAACACGCGGCGGCGGCAGCAAGAGCAGCAGCACCAGCGGUAGCGUGGAGCAGACCGUGGUAGUGGCCCACUUCUUGGACGAGAGCGUGCCUUACCGCUUCAAAGUGCCCGCUUGCCCUCUCACACUCAAGACCUUCAAGGAGUAUCUGCCGCGAAAGGGGAAUUACAGAUAUUUCUUCAAGACGGAGUGUGCGGAUCUAGACAACACAGUGAUUCAGGAAGAAGUCAGUUGUGACAAUGAGACGCUGCCCAUGUUCGAGGGGAAGGUCAUGGCCCGCGUCAAAGCUAUUGAGUAA